AUGAGCGAUGAUAUCGACGAGAUUAUGAUGCUUUUGAAUUCGAUGCCGUCGGGAAUCAACAAGGAGAACCCAGCUGAGGAGGUAUUGCCGGAGAAGCAUGCUCCAAGUGUCCCUGUCGAGCGGAAGACGCAUAAAUCGUCUGCGAAUGACCUGGACGACUUGAUAGAGUCGAUCGCCACUUUGAAUCAAGAAGCAAAAGAAAACAUUCCGGAAAAGAAUGAACGUCCUCCUGCCUCGAUUCCUCCAGUCAAACCUGUCAGACGCAACAAAGGGGCUGACCUGAAAGCCAGGAAAAACUCGUCGACUGGGUCGGUUCCGGACGAAGCCAAUUCCAAAUCGGAAGCGCGGAAGUCGUCGCAAGCCACUCACGCCGAGAUAGACUCGCUAAUCGACGAGUUGGACGAGCAAAUCACCAAGAAUCAAACCAACAAGAAGCUGGAGGCGUCUGCCUGGCACAAACCGCCGCCCAAAUCCGACAAUCCCCUCGAUGACAUGCUCGGCGAGCUAACUGACGAUCUCGCUCAGCGAGGUAUCCACGCGAAGAGCAAGGGCGAAUGCCCGACUUGUAACCGUCCAGUAAUCGGUGAAGCGAUCGCCGCGUUGGGCCGCGUCUGGCAUCCCGAACACUUCGUCUGCUGCGUCGACGACAGAGAAAUCGGCCAGGAGCCAUAUUACACUUGGAAGGACACGAUUUACUGCCGCUCGCAUUACGAGGAGCUCUUCUCGCCGGAAUGCGCGAGCUGCAGCGGCGCCAUUUUGGAAAAUCUGAUUCAGGCGAUGAACAAGUCCUUUCACGCGCACUGCUUCGUCUGCGCCGCCUGUCAUUGCCCAGUGCUCGACAACUUCCACGAACACGAGGAGAAGCCCUAUUGUCCCGAUUGUUAUGCUGAGUGCGUUGCGCCCAAGUGUCUUUCCUGCAACAACGCGAUUUUGAACCAAUACAUCGCUGCGCUAGACGGUUACUGGCAUCCCGAGUGCUUCAUCUGCCACGAGCCAGGCUGCGGCCCCUUCCUGCAAGGCUCGUUCUUCGACUACAACGGCAAACCUUACUGCGAGCCUCAUUAUCUUGCCAAAAAAGGAGGAGCGUGUGUCGAAUGUAAAAAGCCCAUAAAUGGAAAGUGCGUUUCCGCCCUUGGAAAGCGCUAUCAUCCCGAGCACUUCGUCUGUACUUUUUGUAAACAGACACUCACUCAGGCGAUUUUCAAAGAACACCAGCAGAAGCCGUUUUGCCACGAAUGCCAUAAGAAAUACAAUCUGCACAACAUCUGA